GGGAAUGCUAUGUCAUGCUGAUAACGCGCAUGGCGUUCGUUACUGGAAAGUACUGGGCUCGCCGCGUUAAAGAAAGUAAAUGCGGACAAGACAGAUGACGCUUAUUGUUGUGUGGCAAGAUACGACCCAAAGGGCGUAAUUUUGCUUUAGUUGUGCGGCAAAAGGGUGUAAUUUUGCUUAAGAGCGUAUGGCGGCGUGCUUUCGCGAGGAAUGUAAACAAGAGGGGAGAACUGGCCUGACACGAUGGCGGAGCAACGCCAACUUCCGGUUUCACUUUAGCUUCGCAAAGAGUGACGUCAGAGGCCUUCCUCGUUUCUUUUUUUUUUUUUUUUUUACGUUUGCGCAAGGUGGUUUGCGCGCAGACGUUGGGCGAUCCCUCAAAUGAACAUCUGCUCUCAGUUUAUUCCUUCCCCCAUGUUCCCAAUACUAUCAAUAAGACCAAUACAAUCAUAGAGAAAGAAAUCGAUACGAAUCCACAGCCACCAACGCGCCCACGCGUCCACUAUCAAGAGACGCAUUGAUCACGAAAGUAGUGGGACGAUCCAAAGAACCAAAGUACAAAGAAUACGGAUAGCCCUGAAUCAAAAGCACGCGACCGCUUGUUUGUUCACUUCUGUACAUCAAAUUCGUGUUUCGCAAGGUCACAUAUUUCAGACUGGGAAAGACUCCUCAGAGCCAUUGUUAUCACUCGUUUCUCCUCUAAAGCAUACCACUACUUCCGUAGUGACCCGCUACGUGCUGGCGAGUGUACUAGUGCUGGCUGCAUUUUCAGUGGUCUGCUUAUGUUGGAGCACCUUAUCACUUAUGCUGCUUGUGCUACAUUCGUGGAUUUAGCAUUACCCCUGCGGCGUGCAGGUUGUUUUGGGAGAACUGUCACGGUACCACCGUUGCAUUACACAUACCCUGCUGAUGCCCUUUUUGCAGGAGUGGGCGGCUGCUGAGGUUUUGUAAUCUCACGAGUCCAUCUAAUCCGCUGCAACUUUACCCACAACCUUCGCAUGCGAAGAUUGUGGAAUUGUUCCCCAUUUGCGGGACCAUGAAGAUAAACGACAAAAAUCUGGUGAGCUUUGCGCUAAGCUCAAGCCCAGUCGACCGGGAAGGCUGGCUGCUCAAGCGUGGGGAAGUCAACCGUGCUUACCAGAGACGCUGGUUCCUUCUCAAGGGAAACCUACUGUUCUACUUUGAGAAGAAGACUGACCGGGAACCAUUGGGCGUGGUCAUUCUUGAAGGCUGCACUGUUGAACUGGCUGAGAAUGAGGAGAUGUUUGCUUUCAAGGUUGUGUUUCAUGGCUCCGGAAACCGGAUGUACAUGCUGUCAGCCGACACACAGGAGUCAAUGGAGGCUUGGAUGAAAGCGUUGGCAUGUGCGUCUUACGAUUACAUGAAGCUCAUGGUUGCUGAACUGCAGCGUCAACUCAGCCAAGUAGCAGAGGCUGAGCGCCUUGCCAAAUGUGGCAACACUGUGCCCCUGCUCAUUGGAGGACAGCUGCCUGGAAACCGCUCUGACAGCUGCCUGUGUGUGCGAGAUACUCCAUCAGGCCGGGCAGCACGUUUCAACCCUUUUGACCGCUGGAAGGAGGACGGGUGUAGUGGCAAUGACAGCAGUGAAGCGGCCAAGCGAGGCAGCGGUGUCCCAACUAGCACCCCAGUGUCGUCACGGUCAUCAACAAAGUACACGUUUGCCGAGCUUCAUAGACGGCACGGAAUGCGAUUUCGGAAACUCAUAGAGGAGCGGAAGCGAAAAGAGGAGAAAGAGCGUGGCUUAGAUCUGCUCAUCGAUCUCUGAGAGCUGUUUUAUCCUAUAAAGAACCCCAAUUUCUCUUUUUUA